AUGCAUCUUCGCUCGCUGGUCCUACUUGUUGCUAUUCUGGGAUCUGCCCAUGCCAAAUUUCACUCUCACUUCUAUAAUUUUUUAUUGGGAAAAUUCGGAAAACCAAUUGCUGACGACUUGUUGAGGCCAGAUUUGGGAACCAAGGGAUCGUUCGGAGGCGGAAAUCCAAAUGCAACGGGUCUUCCAAUUGUUGUCAUUCACGGAUUGGCUGGUUACGCUGGAUUAUCGAAAAAGAGUUUGCUGAACAAGUACUACUCGUAUGGGCAACCAAAAGGAACCGUGUUCGCGACGACUUAUGCGCGGGGAAAAUUGAUGGACUCGUUGCAGCAUGGAAUGCAGUGUGAUUAUGUUUUGAAGGUCCGCACCCUAAUCCUCGCCGUCCACGAAUACACCCAAAAGCAAGUGAACAUCAUCGCCUGCUCCAUGGGAUCCCCAAUCACUAGAAAAGCCAUCCUUGGAGGCCAUUGUGUGGAUUCUGGAGUCAAUUUGGGACGUUCAAUCAAUCAUCUCAUUCAUAACUACGUCUCUGUCGCUGGAGCCAACCACGGAGCCAUCAUGUGUGCUCGUCAGCCAUUCCUCAAUGGAAUUUGCAGUCCGACUCAUGGAUUAGACUGUCGAUCAAAGUUCAUUCAAGAGAUUAACUCUCAACCAUUCCAAUACGGAAAGAACAUGUUUGCCAUUUACUCAGUCGCUGAUGAAGUCGUGGGUCUUCGAAACACCUGUGGAGAGAUGGCAUCGCCAUUGGAAGGAGCCACUCCAAUCGUUAAAACCCGUCUUCUCCAUGGAGCAGUCAUUGGUGGAACCACUGAAGAUCAAUGGAGAUGUCUUCAGACCCCAUAA